CUCUCAACCAAAAAUGAUUUCAGUGUUCGAGCUCUUCAGCAAUUCGGGGCACACAUUUAUAGAGUGUACUGUUGAGGGAGAUGAUGGUAUGUGCCAUACGUGCAACAAACCAGCUCAAGGCUCUGAUCUAUAUUUCUGUUCUAGUCGCGAUGAUCUUAAUGUCAGAUUCUACCUGCACAAGUCAAGUUGUGCAGAAUUACCCAUAUCUGUUUAUCUACAUGAACAUUCAUUAAGUCUACAAGAGGAUUUUAUUUUUGGUGAGGAUGCUGCUUGCAUUAUGUGCAAAAAACAAGUCGUAGGCUCUCCUACAUAUACCUGUGUUAGUCGUGAUGACGAUGUUGAUUGUCAAAAUUUCUACUUGCACAAGACUUGUGCAGAAUUCCCCCAGCAAAUUAGCCACCAUAAACACACCAUCCAUCCUCUUUCUCGCCUUCCACGCCCUGCAGCUAGUUUCACCUGUGAUAUUUGUUAUCGUGAAAUUAAGGUCUCUUAUGCAUGUGUUGAUUGUAACUUUGAUGUGUGUGUGUUUUGUGGUUUGGAACAGAGGGUGCUUCAUCAUCAAGGACACAAGGAGCACGCGCUGACAUUAAUGAACAAGGAAGCCUUUUUUGAGUGUGAUGCCUGUCAUGAGAAAGCUAACGACUCUUCCUAUGUUUGCACCGCCUGUGAGUUCUGGAUUCACAAGACCUGUGCCUUUUUCCCCUUGAUUAUUCCAUCUCCUACUUAUCACCAUCACCCUCUCACUCUCGUCUACUCUGUUCCGGACAUUCAUCUCGUCUUUACCCAAUACUGUGGUAUCUGCCGCCAAUUUGUUUACCGCAGGAGUUGGGUGUAUUAUUGCCACAAGUGCACAUAUUUUGUGCACAUGAAAUGUUCUACAUCCACAAUAUCCAUUGUAAAUGAGAAUGAAGAAGAUGACAUUGAUUAUGAUCCUGAUCUGGCACUAUUUCCUCUGCAAAGCCAGGAAUCAAUAUUUGAUCUCAUUGUGACUCAGUGUUGCGAGUCCCAAGUCAACUUUCAAGGUGAAGGUGAAAUCAGCGUUGCGAUGUCAGUACCAUCUAAUGAUCCACACAUUAUUGAAAAACACUGGAGUCACCAGAUCCAUCCAUUACAACUGCUCCAGUUUACUAUCUGUGAGAACGAGAGCGACGACAGUGAUGAUGAUGAUAGGAGAGAGCUGAUAUGCAAUGGAUGUAUUCAACCUAUAACCGUUUCCCGUCCCUCUUACUACGCUUGUAUCCAGUGUGGUUUCUUUCUCCAUUCUUUCUGUGCGACUAUGUUGCCACAUAAGUUGCCAGAAGGAGAGUCGCAUUUUCACCCCGGCCAUUCUCUCCUGCUUAAGAUGAAGCAUAAAUUUUAUGAUAUUGUGCGUUGUGGAGUUUGCGACUUUUCGACAAAUGGAUUCUACUAUCACUGUCAGGAUUGUGAUAUCUAUGUGGAUAUCCGUUGUGCAUUCUUACCAACAAGAAUAAAAUACAAAUCUCACAAACAUCACACCCUUGUUCAGCGGCCAGCUUCGAAUUCUACCUGCAGUGUAACCAGGUAUCGAAAUGAUGUUGGGGUGGAAUAUGGAUGUGAAACCUGCAGUAGUUUCCAGAUUCAUAUAUAUUGUGCAAUUUUACCACAUAGGAUGGAACACAAAUAUGAUGCUCACCCCUUAACCUUGAGAUAUCCACCAUUCUUCUAUGAAGGAGCAUUCUACUGUGAAACCUGUGAAGAACGAGUUAGCAACCAAGAUUUGCUCUACCAUUGCACUGAAUCUGAACAUUCUUAUCACUUUUAUUGCGGGUUUUUGGUUCACAAUAUCAAGUUUGGAGGGACGAUUAAAGUUUUAAUUGCAGAUAAACCACACACACUUGCAUUAGUUAUGAAGAUGCCUACAAGAAAGAAGUCCAUACACACUUGUUCACAGUGCUUCACUUUUUCCUAUUCCUACUGUUUUCUUCUGGAAUGUGAUGGUUGUGGACUUCUUUCAUGUUUGGAGUGUCCACUCUCGGGCAAGUUACAACAGAUGGCACUCAUAUAAACUAUUGUCCUUCUCGUUAGAAUGUGCAUUUUUCGGUUCAUUUGAUUUAUUUCUUUUGCUUGUACCCCGUGAAAUUCUAUUAAGCAUACAAAAUAUUAGAGUAUUGA